AUGGCCGACAAAACCUCUCCUUCUCUGACGGCCGUGGCGGUCUCUUCUGUCAUUCUUGGCCUGCUGGCAGGCUAUUUCAUAGGCCAGGGCUCCAGUAUCGGUGUUUUUGGUGGUUCCGGAAGUGCGAACCAGGCAAAGAAAAGCUGGCCAAACAGCUACGACGUCAAAGUCCACGCCGACUCGAGCGACGACCAAGCAGACGACGAGGAUGAAGCGGACGACGAAGAGGAAGAUGAUGGGAAAGAGUUGAAUGACUUCAAGGACUCAACGGAGGAGGUGAAGCUUGUUUUAGCAGUGAGGACAGACCUAGGCAUGGGCAAGGGCAAGAUUGCCGCUCAAUGCUCCCAUGCGACUCUGGCGUGCUAUAAAUACCUACUCAACCAUGUCACUUCGGCUCCUCUGCUGAAACGUUGGGAAUGGGGUGGACAGCCGAAGAUUGCGGUGCAAGUCAAGUCUGAGGAGGAGUUGGAGACACUUCAGGCACAAGCUAUUAGCUUGGGGCUCUGCGCAAGGAUCAUACACGACGCUGGCAGGACACAAAUCGCCGCCGGCAGUGCCACGGUACUGGGCGUUCUCGGGCCCAAGAGUGUGGUUGAUCAGGUCACCGGUCACCUGAAACUUUUAUGA